AUGACUACCUCACACCCUCUCCCUGCAGACUACCCGGAGUCUAUUAUCGUCACCAAGGGCAUUCAGGGCCUUGACAGUGGACUGUGGAUCGAUAUGAUUCACAGACGCUCUGCUGACGUUCCUCGGGCCAUUAUCAAAAGGAUUGAGCACUACAAGUGUACUGACGGCUUCGAACAAGAAUAUCUUGCUGCACAUAUUGAUCAUCCAUUGUGUAUGAAUGAUGACCGUCAGGUCGUCCUCUUCGUCGAGCGUACUGCGCGCUUUGAUUUCUCAACCAUACUCGGUCUCAGCUGCCUUCCUUUCACCUCACCAGUCCCCGCCUCAGAUACCAUCUCGAUCUCGUCGCCGUCCGUGAAGGACCCCAUCGCAUUCAUUGAUAAGGAACAUCAGAACCACAUCCUCAUCUCUACCAUCGAUUUUUCUCAAGUGGAUGCGCGCCCGACGGACAAGGAUCUUUCUGAUGUCCUCGAGAUCGCCGCGGCGCAGCGCCCGUCGUUCGACAUCAAACAUCAGGGAUAUUGGCUUGCCAGAUUGGUGUGCGAUACAUUAUAUGACUCAUUUGGAGGCCAGCAGACCUCAGAGAAUGCGCAUAAACACGGGUAUCUCGGAGCUCUUAAACUUCCGCAAGGCGAUGGGUGGAACGAGCUCAAAAGCGCGUUUAUAUAUCAGAGGAAUAGCGAAAAAUCAAUGAGCACAGAUAGAGAAGUAGUGCCUGGUACGGAUAAGGAGGCAAGCAGUUUUCGUACAGUGUCUGUUGUAAUGCCUUGA